AUGGGUAACAAGGAGAAGAGCCACCUUAACGUCGUCGUCAUCGGACACGUCGACUCCGGAAAGUCCACGACUACCGGUCACUUGAUCUACAAGCUGAAGGGUAUUGACCAGCGUACGAUCGAGAAGUACGAGAAGGAAGCCGCCGAGUUGGGCAAGGGUUCCUUCAAGUAUGCCUGGGUUCUUGACAAGCUCAAGGCCGAGCGUGAGCGCGGUAUCACCAUCGACAUUGCUCUGUGGAAGUUCGAGACCGCCAAGUACCAGGUCACCGUCAUUGACGCCCCCGGUCACCGUGAUUUCAUCAAGAACAUGAUUACUGGUACUUCGCAGGCCGACUGCGCCAUUCUGGUCAUCGGUGCCGGUACCGGUGAGUUCGAGGCUGGUAUCUCCAAGGAUGGCCAGACCCGUGAGCACGCUCUGCUCGCUUUCACCCUCGGUGUUAGGCAGCUCAUCGUUGCCGUCAACAAGAUGGACACUGCCAAGUGGGCCCAGUCCCGUUACGACGAGAUUGUCAAGGAGACCUCCAACUUCUUGAAGAAGAUUGGUUUCAACCCUGACUCCGUCCCCUUCGUCCCCAUCUCCGGCUUCAACGGUGACCACAUGAUCUCGGAGUCCGCCGACAUCAAGGCCAACAUCAGCCCCAACGCUCCCUGGUACAAGGGCUGGACCAAGACCGUCAACAAGGACGGCAAGAAGGAGAAGGUCAUCGGUGGUGCUUCGCUCCAGGACGCCAUUGACGACGUCACCCCUCCCACCCGUCCCACCGACAAGCCCCUCCGUCUUCCCCUCCAGGAUGUCUACAAGAUCGGUGGUAUCGGCACAGUCCCCGUCGGCCGUAUCGAGACUGGUAUCCUCAAGCCCGGUAUGGUCGUUACCUUCGCCCCCGCCAACGUCACCACUGAAGUCAAGUCCGUGGAGAUGCACCACCAGCAGCUCCCCGAGGGUGUCCCCGGUGACAACGUUGGUUUCAACGUCAAGAACGUGUCCGUCAAGGACAUUCGCCGUGGUAACGUCGCUGGUGACAGCAAGAACGACCCUCCUAUGGGCUGCGCUUCGUUCAACGCUCAGGUCAUCAUCCUGAACCACCCCGGCCAGGUCGGUGCUGGUUACGCCCCCGUUCUGGACUGCCACACUGCCCACAUCGCCUGCAAGUUCUCUGAGAUCCUUGAGAAGCUUGACCGCCGUACCGGCAAGUCCAUCGAGUCCAACCCCAAGUUCAUCAAGUCGGGUGACGCUGCCAUCGUCAAGAUGAUUCCGUCCAAGCCCAUGUGUGUUGAGACUUUCUCCGAGUACCCUCCCCUUGGUCGUUUCGCCGUCCGUGACAUGCGUCAGACCGUCGCUGUCGGUGUCAUCAAGAGCGUCGACAAGAGCCAGGGCACCCAGGGCAAGGUCACCAAGUCCGCUGCCAAGGCCGCCAAGAAAUAAGCUGCUCAACCAACAGCAACAUUUAAUGUCGAGCCACGACAAGCACGAAGCAUGUCGUAGCAUUUUGAGCACUUCCUCGUUCGCAACGAGGUUCCGGUCAAUUUUGCUUUAUCACAAAAGAGUACUCGGUUUUUAUUGGGGCACAUGAUGAAAUGACGGUUUGGGAUUUCGUAAAUCAAAAAAAUUCUUGACAUGUGCUUUAGUCUACAUAGAGUCCUCAGAAAGUGAUCUCGGCGUUUGGUCAUGACUUAAACGAACUUUCUUAUUUUCUA